AUGGAAGAAAACCACAAGGAAACACCAACAGAGGUCAAGGCGAUCAUGAAGCAAUAUCGGGAAUACAAGCAAAGAAUUACGGAACAGGAUGCAUUUGUGGAUGAACUCGUCAAGGCGGUCACACGCAAGGAGCAAGAAUAUCAUGACCUCAAGGCCGACCUCCUGGAUCAGACAGAGAGCCGCCGGAGAUGGCAGAAGCGUGCCUUGGACGUCGAAGACCGCAUAACCAGUGUACAGUAUGUCCUCGUACUCAUCGACGGAAACCAGCACUUCUUCCAACCACAUUUCCUUCGGAUGGGGGCCGCAGGCGCCGAUGAGGCUGUCAAGAGAUUCGUGGCCGAGGUGAAGGACUUUGCGAGAGCGCAACACAAGAGCGACUUGCCGGAGGGCAUAGACACGGUAACGCAUGUUUUCGCUGACAUUGGUCAGUUGGCGCAUGACCUCUCAGUGGCGAAACUCCUCCCGGAGCCGGACACGCUAUGGACAUUCAUCCAGGAAGUCUCCAAGGUCGACCCCGGCAUGACAAUCACCGACUGUGGUUCCGGGCACGGGGCGGUAGAUACCAAGCUGAAAUACUACUACGAGCUUUUCUUGGAAAACUGCCACUGUAGGCACGUUUUCCUGGCUCUGGGCCAACGAUCAGAGUACUACAAAGUCCUGGAGCUGUACGGCGACGACGAUUAUACCAAACUUAAGACAACACUCAUCCGUCCAGCGCAUGGAUUUGCCGAGAAUUACAACAUCCCAUUCCAUACCAUCGAGCUUUCCAUGCUCAACACUGUACAAAACAACACCGAGGGAAUACCCCCGAAUGACAAAACUUACCCCGUCCGAUCAGCUCAAUGGAAUGAUACCAGCAGUCUGCACGCUCCAGUGAACACAUCUAAUCCCACGUCCAAUAGAGCAGACAGGCAAGCGCCGUCCCGCCAUGAUAAAGCACCACUUCUAAACUCGACCACCACCACCACCACCACCCCCCAAACACGACCAGAAGUGAAGGCCACCCCGAAAGGGUCGCCAGCAAAUGGCACUUUGGUGGUCAACGGCGUCAAUGGUAGCCUCCCGGAAGAACUUGACAAUGAGAGUCUACUCGGCGUUGUCAAGCUGGAUUCGGCACAUCCUUCAUCGCAAACCAGGAAAGCUGCCGGUGAGCAGAGUUGGGAGGCGAACAUCACUGAGAACAACUACACUCCGGCACCGAUACAAGAGCCAUGGGGCGAGACCACGAAUGGUACCACCAAUGGCUCCUACGACGAAGAAGACACCAACACGGAAGACAUUCCAAGAAGUCGAGCACACACCCGAAGAGGCGAGAGGGGUGGUGCUGGCAAACGAUGGCCACAGCCACUUCUGAGCCAGGAACGUCGACUUGCAAACAACAGCAACUUCCAACGGCCUGGAGUCCAAUCUCCGAAACAACAAUUCGAGGGAUCUUGGGACGACAUGUUGAAGGAAGACGAGAAACGGGGCGUGUCACAGGCCCUGUCGGACCAGCAGCGGCCAGGCUCCAGCGCGAGCAGUCUCGCCGCUUCCGCAUUCACGAAAAAGGUCCCCAGCACGCCGGAGCCUAACCCGGAGCGACGACCGAUCUGUGCACCAAUUGCGUUGAACAGAUUCGACCAGAGGAUCGACAUGAAACUGCCAAAGCCUUCCUCCGAGGACCAAGAACUAUGCGACCUUCGAACGCGGAACAAAAAAUUGUGUAACGAACAUCAUCUGCGUUCGGCCUGCGCCGAUGAAAAUUGUAAGUACGAUCAUGCGUCCAUCACAGAAGGGGUCUAUCUCGCACUGAGAAUCAAGGCUCGCAGGCUUGCUUGCAGCAUUGGUUCUGGCUGCCGACGUCACGACUGUUUCGCGAGCCACCAUUGUCCAAAUGUGUCACACUCGUCUACGUGCGGAAGACACAACUGUAACUUUGCAGGCAAAGGCAUGCAUGAAGUGACGGACCUUCAAAUCGUAAGACUGAUUGAGCCAAAAAGUACAAAUGGGUCUUGAAGAUACCACCAAAAACAUGAUCAUCGAAUUAUCUCAAAGCAGGGCCGGACAUUCCCUCCACAAUCAUUUCUGGGUCUUUUCCCCCGGGCGGAGGGCGUCGUGUUCCGUAAUGAAUAAAAGUCUUUUCUCUUGAGGGAGUGGGCCUAUUGGUCGAGGCAUGAGCUGGCCACGAGGCUGAGAUAUUCUGUGCCUCACUUGUCAUCUCUUAGGAAGAUGGCGGAACCCAGCCUGAGGGCCAGCUUGGUGUUUUGCUUGAUGGGAUUCACGGCCUGAGACCUUUCAUAAAUAAAUCUGUGAGCAUAGGGCGGCCUGUUUCUGCUGGAAGGCUUUAGGGCCUUGACAAAGAAAUGUCGAUCAAAAAUACCCACCAGCUUCACGAGCGCCCAAAAAGCAACUUUGUCCGAAUCCAAUGGAGCGAAGGAGUGGUCAAUUAAGACCACGCAUGGCA